AAACCAAGGAGGAUGGAGUCGGCAAAAUUAGAAUUUUGACAAAUUUGUCACCCUGUGACAUUACUAAUUAUUUACGUGUAUUUACAUUUCAAAUAGCCAAAUCAUUUUGUACAAAACAUAAACCAUAUUGUUUGCUAAUCUUUGAUAUAUAAAAUGCGUUAAAAUAAAUGACAAUUAUAAUUUCUUUGUAAAAAUGGCUGACCAAGACCCUUGCUGGCCUUGCGAAGAAGAUGUAAUCGAGAAACUGCCCCCUUGCCCCUUGCAAUGCAGAUCUGAGAAAUGCAAGGCGUUCAAAAGAAUCUCCUUGGAAGGUAUACCAAUAGUGUGGGUACUCGGAGGCCCGGGGUCGGGCAAGGGGACCCUGUGUACGAAGAUCAUAAGCAAGUAUGGGUUUCUACUACUGUUGACAGAUGAGUUGGUUCGAGAAGAGGUGAAAUCGGGGUCGGUGCGAGGGAAGUGCCUGUCUAAGAUUUUGGAGCGAAAUGACACAGCACCAAGCGAUGUGAUCAUCGAUCUGCUGAAAGACGCCAUCUACAGAAACGCCAGAGUGGCUAAGGGAUUUGUUCUUGAUGGGUUCCCGAAGGAGAAGAGUCAAGCCGUCAUGUUCGAGAAAAGAAUUAGACCUUGUACAGUAAUCUUCUACCUGGAAGCAACAUCAGAUACCUUAACUCGUCGUCUGGUGAAGCGCGACGCCUCGCUGAAUGAGCAAGCAGUCAGACAGAAGGUCAAGGCCACCUUUGAGCUGGACGAGCUACUGCUCGCCGCCUACUCCGAUAAGGCGUUUAGAAUAAAUGCUGAGAACGAUGCAGAUACGAUGUUUAGAGAGCUGUCGGAUCUCCUAGACUCCUUCAUCUCUAACACGGGAACUGUCCUACCAAAAUAAAGUAGUAUAGUAGUUUUUUUUUAAUUGUUGAAUAAUUUGCUGAAAAUUUGUAUUUUAGAUUCCUGAAUAAACUCCAUUUAUGGACAGCCG